UGCAAGAACUAUUAGCAUUGUUAAUUAUAUAAUAUUUGCUCCUUGGAAAUCCAUAAUUGGCUCAUCUGUGAUAAAUAAUUGUAUGAUCCAUCAGUACUAAUACCAAACCACAAACAUCUGCAUUUUGCAUCUCUCUUUUCUCUCUCUCCAAAAUCAAUCAAUCACACACUGUACACUAUUCCAAAACAAGAAAAUGGAUGCUGCGAUUAGUGCUCCGGUUCAAGUUACCCUGCAGAAAUUGCUUGAUCUUGCCACUUCAGAAUUGAAUCUGGUGUGGAGUUUCAAGAAAGACUUACGAAAGUUACACCGAUCGUUGAAAAUGAUGGAUAGUGUCUUACAAGAUGCUGAGAAACGUGAAGUUACCGAUGAGGCUGUCAAACUCUGGCUCAAGAACCUUCGAGAAGUCACUUACGAUGCUGAUCAUGUCUUAGACGAGAUGAACUAUAAAAAUAUGCGUCAUAUGGUGGAGAUCCAAAACCAGACUAAGAUAAGGGGGUGCUUAAACAUCUUUUCCUUUAUCCCGUCUUUGGCGUUCAGAUGGAGAAUGACUCGCAGGAUCAAGGACAUCAACAUCAACUUGAAAAUGAUCGAAGAUGAAGCUAAUACCUAUGGCCUCCAGAGAGUUGCUGACUUUGCUCUGUCUUUGCCUCUGGCCCCGGAAACUGACAGCGUAACCGUUGAUCCAAUUGUCGUUGGGAGACAAAAUGAUGAAUCAGUAGUUGUGUGGCUAAUAACUAGACCUGUCGAUGAAGUUCUUUCAGUCCUUCCCAUAGUUGGAAUGGGAGGGCUUGGCAAGACAACCUUAACUCGGUUGGUCUUCAAUCACCAGCACACAAAGAGUCAUUUCGCCAUUAGGAUUUGGGUAUGCGUUUCUGAAAAUUUUGAUGUGAUGACGCUUUUUAAACGGAUUCUGGAGUCUUUAGGAGAAAGUUUUCAAGGAAUCAGCAGGCAAGCUGUUGUGGAUAGGCUUCGAGAGAAAUUGAAAGACAAAAGAUACUUGCUUGUUCUUGAUGAUUUGUGGAAUGAAAAUAGAGAAGCUUGGGAGGAUUUCAAAAAUACUAUGGCUGGAGUUAACGCCAAUAGAGGAAAUGUCAUCAUAGUGACUACACGUCAACAAAGUGUGGCAUCAAUAGUGAAAACUUACAGAGAUCCAUACAGCUUGGAAUUAUUAACAGAUGAGGAAUGCUGGUUUAUAAUCAAAGCAAGGACAUUUCGAGAUGAAGAAGUACCAGAACAAUUUGAGAAAGUUGGAAUGAAGAUUGCAUGCAAAUGUAGAGGUCUGCCAUUAGCGGCAAACAUGGUCGGCGGAACUUUGCAAGGAAAGGAAGUAGCUGACUGGGUUUCUGUCCUAGAGAUCGGGCUUUCAAAUCUUGAAGCAAAUGAAAAUUAUGCUAUGCAAGUCCUGAAAGUAAGCUUUGAUCGAUUAUCUUCUCCGUUACUUAAAAAGUGUUUUGCCUAUUGUUCAAUAUUUGCCAAGGAUUCAGAAAUAGAGAGAGAAGAUUUAAUCCAACUCUGGAUGGCGGAAGGAUUUCUUCCGGAUAAUCUAGAAAAUAAUAUGGAGACUUUAGGCAAUACAUGUUUUAACAUUCUGUUGCGAAAUUCCUUCCUACAAGAGGCCGUAGAGGAUGAGUAUGGCAAUAUCAAAUACUGCAAGAUGCAUGAUCUUGUGCAUGAUCUGGCAUGCUCAGUAUCAAAUUCAGAAAGCUUUAAUGCCGAGUAUCGCUCUAUUGAUGUCAUCCCUAAAGUUAGAUACCUUGCAAUGGAAUUGCUUGAAAAGGAAACACAAGCAAUUACAGAAGAGAAAGCAAGUUAUCUGCGCACAUUUUUCUUGCGAAGGAAAAGCUUACCUGACAAAAUUUGGCCAUGGUUCAAGCACCUACACAUUCUAAAGUUAUGUGGCGGAGACUUUGAAGUUCUUCCUUCCGCAAUUGGAAAGUUGAUACAUUUGAGAUAUCUUGAGACGUUCGACAACAUUCCAAAUUCAGUUUGCAAGCUCUACAAUUUGCAAACAUUAAGGAUUACUAACUGCUUCGGCAUUGAACGACUUCCAAAAAGGCUAUCUGACUUGAGUAAUUUGAGACAUCUUUAUUUGUAUACCCUUGACAUGGAAUUCCAGAUGCCACCUAACAUAGGAAAAUUGUCUCAUCUUCAAACAUUACCGUUAUUCAAAGUGGGGGAUAAGGAAGGUUGUCGAAUCGAAGAGCUAGGAUUUUUGAAGAAUCUUAUAGGCGAACUGGAGAUACGUAAUCUUGAACUAGUGAAUGGCAUAGAAGAAGCUAAGAAGGCGGAUUUGGUUGGAAAGUCAAAGAUAUAUAAGUUUAGUUUUAUGUGGACAACAUACUUUAGUGGGAAUGUCUCGGAAGGCAACAACAACGAUGAAAGUGUCCUUGAAGGCCUCCAACCUCACCAGAAUUUGAAGAGCAUAACAAUUGAAGGGUUCAAAGGUACGAACUUUCCAUUAUGGACUAAGAGAAUGGAAUUAUUUGUUGAUGGCUGUGGUGGGUUGAAACUUGAUAAAUUGAUCGAGGUCGACUUCAGUUAUUGCGAAAAUUGUGAAGAAAUUCCCAUGUUUGGCCACCUGCCACUCCUCAAAUAUUUGACCUUGAACUUUUUGACUAACUUACAAUCCAUAGAUUCUUCAUUCUAUGGUGGCCAAGAGACAAGGGUAACGUUCCCAGCACUUGAAAGACUUAUUCUAAGGAACAUGCUAAACCUAACAGAGUGGGCGGAAGUUGAGGUGAUGCCGAUGGCGGAAACACAAACAUGCAGAGAGCGGGUAUUUCCUUGCCUUGAAGUUUUGGUGAUUGAAGGUUGUUUCAAAUUGAAUACUUCUCCAAGUCAUUUCCCUUGCUUGAAAGAAUUGAAGAUUAAGCAUAUGCAAAGUGAUUUUCUAUUGACAAAGAUUUUGAGUAGUAGCAACCGAACUUCUUUGGAAAAACUCUCAAUCAUGAGUAUAUACACGCCUACUAGUCUUUUCCACUUGAAAGGAUGCCGGAAAAACCUUCGAGAGUUAAUUAUCGAAGACUUAUCCGAAUUGAGAGAAUUACCUGAUGAUCUACAUAGCUUCCAGUCUCUUGAGUCUUUGAUUAUAAGUGGAUGUCAAAAUCUGCAAUCAAUUUCAUAUCAGAAUGGACAAAAAGGUCCCCUUUCUCUUCGACAGUUAACAUUUAGUAAUUGCUCUGAGCUGAUCAGCCUGCCAAGUGAAAUGAUUGAGUCCAUCAGGUGUUUGGAGUUUCUAGACGUAGUUGAGUGCAACAACCUCGUUUCUUUUGCCAUAGAUUUGGGGGAAUUGCCUUGUGUUUCAAUGUUAAGUAUACACCAUUGUCGUAAAUUGAGGAGUUUGCCCAAGGGAAUUGGCCGUCUUAACAACUUAAGAUAUUUGCACUUUGGUAGAUUCUCAAAAUCAAUUGAUUUCAACUCAUUCCAAGCUGCUCUCGACGGCAUCCAACAAUCCAAAUCUCUCUGCAGAUUGUAUUUAUAUGGUUGGGAACAUGAGGAGUUAUUGCCAUAUCAACUUCAGCAUCUCACUUCGCUCGAAUACUUAGAAUUAAAUGGUUUUGGAAUUGAAGCAUUACCAGAGUGGUUUGGGGGUCUGUCAUCUCUUUCAAAAUUAAACCUAAUGAAUUGUCGAAAGCUUAGGCAUAUGCCUUCUAAGGAAGUGAUGCAACGCCUCACCAAGCUAGAACAUUUAUAUGUUCAUAAUUGUCCAUUGUUGGAGGAGAGGUACAGGGAAGAAAGAGGCCCUGAUUCUGAGUGGUCCAAGAUUUCACAUAUUCCCAACAUAUUUGGACUGUACCAACGUGGGUAAAGAGGCCUGAUAUGCUGAUAUAGUUGUGUGAGAAGUGGUAUUGAUUAGUCAAACGUGCAAGGUGAAUGAUGCAAUUUGCCUUUUCAUGAGGUUUAAGCAAAAAUGAACUUCUCCGGUGUAGAUUCUUGGGGGGAGCUAGGUAGUCCUCUUUCAACAUUAUUUUAAGAAUGAUUGCAGUCCAGAGUGCAUGGAGUCUAUGAAUUGUUAAUUUCUGUACGUCGAGUUUGUUGAAGUCAUUUAUAAACAUUGUUGUACUUUAAUUAUUUCUUAGUGUUUAUCAAAAUACUAUUAUGCUCGA